AAAAUAUUCUAAGCACGUUAUUUGACUAUACUUUCCUUUCCUAUAUAAGAAAUCACACAUUUGAUUCAUCUAAAACACAAAACGAAAGCAUAAUCAACCAAAAAAAUAAAAGAAAAAGAAAUUCAUACACAUACACACACAAAAAUCAACUUGAAAACAUUAAGCAAAGUAAUUAAUAGAUAUGGCAUUGAAUUACCUUCUUUGCCUCAUUGCUUUUGUAAUCGUGCUUAGCAAAUCACAUGUUAAUUGUGUAGACACACUUGAACUUGCUUCAUUGAAUAGAAAUAGUUUCCCAAAAGGUUUCAUCUUUGGGGCAGGAUCCUCCUCAUACCAGUUUGAAGGUGCAACAAAUGAAGGUGGUAGAACACCAAGUAUAUGGGAUACCUUUACUCACAAAUAUCCAGAUAAGAUCAAAGAUAGAAGCAAUGGAGAUGUAGCCAUUGACACAUAUCACCACUACAAGGAGGAUGUGAGAUUCAUAAAGGAUAUGAACUUGGAUUCAUACAGAUUCUCCCUAUCUUGGUCUAGAAUAUUGCCAAAAGGAAAGCUUAGUGGUGGCAUAAAUCAACAAGGAAUCGACUACUACAACAAUCUCAUCAACGAGCUAUUGGCUAAUGGUAUACAACCAUUUGUGACUCUUUUUCAUUGGGACCUCCCCCAAAUUUUAGAAGAUGAGUAUCGUGGCUUCUUAAGCCCUCUCAUAGUAAAAGAUUUUGAAGAUUAUGCAGAAUUUUGUUUUAAGGAGUUUGGUGAUAGGGUGAAGUCUUGGGUUACUUUGAAUGAGCCAUGGAGUUACAGUCAACAUGGCUAUGCAGAUGGACAAAUGGCACCAGGUCGUUGUUCUAACUGGUUGAAUCCAAAUUGUACUGGUGGAAAUUCUGCAAUAGAACCUUAUAUAGUCACACACAACCAACUUCUAGCUCAUGCCAAAGUCGUCCAUGUGUACAAGACUAAGUAUCAGCAAACACAAAAGGGUUUAAUAGGAAUAACCUUGGUAGCCAAUUGGUUUUUGCCACUCUCAGAUUCCAAAUCUGACCAAAAAGCUGCUGAAAGAGCAAUUGACUUCAUGUAUGGAUGGUUCAUGGAUCCACUAACAUCGGGGGACUAUCCGAAAAGCAUGAGAUCUCUUGUUGGGGCAAGAUUACCAAAAUUCACUACAAAGCAAGCUAAGCUACUCAUUGGUUCAUUUGAUUUCAUUGGUCUAAACUAUUACUCUUCAACUUAUGCCUCCGAUGCACCUCUUCUGAGCAAUGCUAGACCUAACUACUUAACGGAUUCUUUGGUUACUCCUUCAUUUGAACGAAAUGGAAAAGACAUAGGUAUAAAGAUUGCUUCUAAUUGGUUGUAUGUUUAUCCAAGAGGAAUUUGUGACCUUUUGUUAUAUACCAAAGAAAAGUACAAUAACCCGUUGGUUUAUAUCACUGAAAAUGGUAUAAAUGAAUAUGAUGAUCCUACACUAUCAGUCGAAGAAUCUCUCAUGGACAUAUUUAGAAUUGAUUACCAUUUUCGUCAUCUAUUUUAUCUUCGAUCUGCAAUUGAGCAAGGUGCAAACGUCAAAGGAUAUUAUAUAUGGUCAUUGUUUGACAGUUUUGAGUGGUCAUCGGGUUAUACCGUGAGAUUUGGAAUGACUUUUGUAGAUCACAAGAAUGACUUGAAAAGAUACCAAAAAAUUUCUGCAUUGUGGUUCCAGAAUUUUCUCAAAAAGGAAACUAAACUUAUGUUUCUAGUGAGAAGGGUUAUGGGAUUUAUUCAUUAAUUAAAAAUUAUAUAUGUAAAUAGUUUUUUUAAUAGCAUAUUUGUAAAUAGUCUUUAUUUAUUAUUUUGUUCUAAAAGGUCGACUAGGCCGAAAAGGGAAUAGAAUAUAGAUCUGUAGAUGUACUUAUCUUAUAAGACUAUAAGUUAUUACUAUUGAUCCUAUUUUAGAGUGAGAUUUUUUGUACUAA